AUGACCAAACAAAAAUAUUCUACUCUUAACAAGAAAAUAAAUCAUGAACAAAUGCAGUCACCUCAUAGUUGGGAAGAGGUUUACCAAUGCAUUAAAGACUACAGAAAAACUACAGUUGCUCCUGUUGAUACAAUGGGAUGUGAAAGAUUGGCUGAAAAACCAAAUGACGUUAUUACGCCUCAGUCUCUCAUAGCAUUGAUGCUCUCAUCACAAACUAAAGAUCAAGUUACCGCUGCAGCUAUGCAAAAUCUUCGUCAACAACUUACAGGAGGUUUAAAUAUAGAAAGUAUCAUGCAAGUGGAUGAAGAAUUCUUAGAUCAAUGUAUUUCGAAACAAGCUGCAAAAAUCUGCAAGGAAGAAUACGGUGGAGAUAUUCCCAAUAGCGUUGAAGAAUUAAUGAAAUUACCGGGUGUUGGUCCAAAAAUGGCAGGACCAGAAGCCACUCAAAAUUUAUAUAUCAAAACUCAAAAAAGAAAAUAA